UUAUUUUAUGCGGCACAGCAAUCGAGUAUGGCGGCGCCCAUUGGAUGCGCGGACUAAUGUGAAGGUGCUUACUGUAGCCAAUUUUUUAAACCUGUGUGUGCUUCGUGCGCUCCAUCACGGCGACUUUUGUACGGACAGAAAUGACAAAGAAAGACAAACAAAGUUCGGUGCAGAGAACCAAUGACAGUAGCAUUGUUAGUAAGUGCUCCAUGGCGUCCAAGGGAUACGUGACGGACGACUUUACUAGACUUUUCGUCGCCAAAUGCGCUCGGAGAUCGCCUCUCAUCAAUCGCGGCUACUACGUUCGAGCCAAGUGCAUGUCUCAGCUCCUCAAAGAUUUCUGCGGUGCCUUCCGGAACCAUACGUGCCAAGUCCUGUCCCUCGGCGCCGGCUACGAUGCGAACUUUUUCAGACUGAAAGCAGCCGGUACGUUGCCCGUCAAUUGUCGUUACUUCGAAGUGGACCUCCCGUUAGUCGUCGCCAACAAGAAGGAUAUCAUCGAGAGUUCUACUGAGCUUCGUUCGCUAGUCAACGCUGCAGUCACUUCAGGGAACCAGCCGCAGUACUGCCUCCUGGGUCAGGACAUCCGCGACCUCGACCGCCUGGAGUCUGCGCUGCGAGCCGUUGGCCUCGACUUCCGCGUGCCAACACUCGUGUUCGCGGAAUGCGUGCUAUCGUACCUGGACACGAAGCAUUCCGACAGGCUCGUCCAGUGGACGUCGAGCACAUUCGAAGACGUGGCCCUGGCAGUUUACGAACAGGUGGAGCCGCACGACGCCUUCGGAAUCGUCAUGCUGAAACACUUCGAAUCCCUCGGCUCGCCGUUGAAAUCGCUGCGCGAGUAUCCAACCGUGGCCUCGUUAAGGAGCAGGUACUUGGCAUGCGGCUACGAAGCGUGCGACUGCAUCAGCUUGACAGACUUCGUCGGUGCGCUGGACGCGAAGGACGCGCUGCGGUUCCAGGGUCUCGAGCCUUUCGACGAAUUCGAGGAGUGGCUCGAGAAAUGCGCCCACUACGCCUUUGCCGUGUCCAGAAAAGGAAGCGCCUUCGAGGCUUUUCUCACGACCGGCUUCGCCCAGCGCGGCGUCGCUUGUGCGCCUGGAAACUCGAUCCUACAACUCGGGCGAGCAGACUGGACUUUGCACAGCGCGGAUUCGAGCUUGCGCAGAUUUGGCCACUCGUCUGCUCUGACGACGGACGGCAGAGUGAUCACAGCCGGCGGCUUUGCCGAAAACGGUGGGAAACACUCGCGCGUCUUCGAGCCUGUCCUCACAGACCCAACAACCUUCAAGUCAGAAUUGAUCAACGUGCGCUUAGAAGGUAGACAUCACUGUGCCAUGUUAUGCCUCGACAACGGCUGCGUUCUGGUAAAUGGCGGCCGGACGUCACCGCUUCGAGCGUGUGACACUGACGUCAUCUUGACCCCCUCCAGUGGAUCGUACGUUGCCGAGAAGUCACAUUUUGCCUUUACGCCCCCAGCAAGAUGGAGGCAUACCUUGGCAAAGCUGAGAAGUGCAGAAGGCCGUGAGAAAGUGGUCCUGUUUGGUGGGCGGACACCACGUGAUGCUGCUUUGAGCGACACUUACGUCCUAGAUGUUGCAGAAUGUUCAUGGAGCAAAGUGCCUGAAGGUGUAGUGUGGCCUGUGCCGCGACACAGUCAUGCUGCGGUUUCCACAGCCGAUCAGUACUCCAUGAUUGUCACGUGUGGCUUAUCAAGCAGUGAGAAACCUCUCAACUGCGUGUACAGCUUUGACAUCGCCACACUAACAUGGAGAGAAAUUCCUGUGGACGGCCUUCUACCUAGGUUCGGCCACACUGCGCACCUGACAGGCCUGACCACCGUUGUGCUUAUUGGCGGAGUGAGUGGCAGGAGCGGUGAACCCUGCGGACUAGCGAUCAUAGAUCUGGUUUCUAUGACUUGCAGGGAAGUGUCACUGCCAGAACAAAACCCAGAACGCCCCUUUAUGACCUUUGGCCACAGUAGCAUGCUUAUCGAAGAUUCGGACAAAAGCUCGAGAAUCCUCAUUGUCGGCGGCGGAGGAAACUGCUUUUCAUUCGGGACGCACUUCAACCACCACGUUGCAUCGAUUGACUUGAGAAGACUAUUGGAGUGUGAGAUGUGAAGUGUAUGUGACUUUAUUUUGUACAAG